UAUGUCGUGUAUUUGUGUGCUUCAUCUUCACAAACACAUUGAUAAUUAACUCCAAAGCAGGGCCAUUCUACCCCUUUGCCUACCUUGUUCCCCCUUCAGUCGAUAUCUCCGACGACGGGCCUGACCACCUGACCCCUUCGCCCAUCACCGAUAUCGUCCGAACCUCCUCCUGACCACGACGCCACGUGCAAUUGUUUGUACGACAUGAUAUAUUGAAGCUCAAAACUCCCCUUGCCGCGACCAUUGUAUCGCUGGUAUUGCAGCUUUCGUGUUCACUAUGGCAGACGUUGCUCAUCAUAAGUUGCGGGUGAUGGCGGUGGUUGCGGUGACAUUUAUGAGCCUUGCUUGCGGGUCCAAUUAUGCAUAUUCAGCAUGGGGACCGCAAUUUGCCGACCGUAUGAAGCUAUCAGCCACCUACAGCAACCUAAUUGGAACAUGCGGAAACAUGGGCAUGUAUGCCACCGGUAUACCAGUAGGCAUGUUUAUCGACACGAAAGGGCCACGACCGUCGAUGAUAUUCGGUUCUUUCUGCCUUGGGAUUGGGUAUUUUCCUAUACGAUAUGCAUACGAUCAUGGCGCCGGGUCUAUGAGCGUCUUCUUGUUAUGUCUGUUUUCUUUCUUGACGGGCUUGGGUAGCUGUGCAGCAUUUUCAGCGGCUAUUAAAACGGCGGCCAUCAAUUGGCCAUCUCAUCGAGGCACAGCGACGGCCAUGCCGCUGGCGGCUUUCGGAUUAAGCGCUCUUUUCUUUUCGACCUUAUCCUCGAUCGCGUUCCCCGACAACACGUCGUCCUUUCUGCUGCUCCUCUCCAUCGGGACGUUCGCGCUCGUCUUCAUUUCUCAAUUCUUUAUCUAUCUCCCCGCCCCAACGGCAACGUACGCCUCCCUCCCCACCGACGAUGACGGACUAUCCCGACGCCGCCGCGACUCGAAUCCCAUGCUCCGAACACGAUCCAUCCGCAGCAAAAGCAGCCGGGAUGACAUUCCAGGCGAAGGUGAGCUAGAUUUCGACAGGCAAUCAUAUGGUACCUAUCAAAGUGCAGCUGCCAAGACGUGCGCAGUCCAACAGCCGCAAUCCUCCCACGCCGUCGAAGAGGUGGACGAAGUUUCCUCCCUCAUGUCCAAAACUUCGUCGUCGGUUCCGGGCGAUAUCGAUGUAGAGCAAGAUAUGGGAAGUACUAACAGCAAUCACUCCUGUCAUGUAGAUGUCACCGGGUUGGCCUUGCUUUAUAAGUUUGAGUUCUGGCAGCUCUGGGUCAUGCUCGGUCUUUUGACCGGGGUUGGAUUGAUGACGAUUAACAACAUUGGCAAUGACGCUCAAGCACUCUGGACAUCUUGGGACGACUCCGUCACCAAAGAGUUCAUCAUGCGCCGCCAACUCAUGCACGUCUCCAUCAUCUCCGCCAUGUCGUUCGCCGGCCGCCUCCUCUCCGGCAUCGGCUCCGACUACCUCGUCAAGCACCUCCACAUGUCCCGCUUCUGGUGCCUCGUCGCCAGCUCCUGCGUCUUCACCCUCUCCCAAUUCGCCGCCAUCAAGAUCGAGAACCCCAACUUCCUCUGGGUCGUCUCCGGCUUCAGCGGCCUGGCGUACGGCGCCCUGUUUGGCGUGUUCCCUGCGCUGGUUACCGAUGCAUUUGGCGUCAAUGGGCUCAGCCUCAAUUGGGGGUAUAUGAUCCUGAGCAGUAUGGCCGGGGCGUAUCUGUUCAAUUUAUGCUACGGCCGGAUCUACGAUCAUCACUCGACGGUGUUGCCGAACGGGGAUCGGACGUGCUCGGAGGGUUUGAAAUGCUAUGCUGGCGCGUAUUGGAUCACGCUAGUGGGGAGUGCCAUGGGAAUCGUCAUUUCGCUGCUGAUGAUCCGCCAUCAAAAAGUCCUGCGGCGAAAGCGGGUUGAGGAGGAGCACCGGGUGGCUUGAUCAAGUGGUCGACUAGGAAAGACCGAUUAGCCAAGACAUGUGUUUGCUCUUGAGCUAUAGAUGGACCUUCAACAGUGCGGGUCAACAAGAAUAGACACCCAUUAUGCCAAUCUUUGGUGAUACGGUGAUACGGAGGUCAAGCUCCAGGUUCGCGGAACUUAGGUUUGCGGGACCUCCGCGACGCAGCUAUUACCUCCUGAGUUGAUGAAUAUUAUGAGUUUUAGAUGACCAUUACUAAAAAAUACUACCUAGACGUUCCAU